AUGAACGUCGAAACCCAGCACGUGUCCAGGGACGACGAGCUUCGCGAAAUCGAGAACCAAGCGUCCAGCGUGUCCCGAGGCGAGUCUCGCACCAGUAUGUACGCGUUCAUGGCGAUCCCUCGUUUAUGUUGCGUGUUGGUGUUGGUGCAAGGGGCAGGAGAUACCGAUAUACAUAUGUCGUAUCCGACCCACAGUGGCGAAGGUUACGAAGGUCGAGUCUCGAGGGUUUCGCCGAAUUCACCGUACGGCGUGGCGAGCCUCAACCUGACCGACAUCCGCGAGAGCGAUCAAGGAUGGUACGAGUGCAAGGUCGUCUUCCUCAACAGGUCGCCUAACAGUCACAAGAACGGUACAUGGUUCCACCUGGACGUCCACGCGCCGCCAAAAUUUAGCAUCACGCCGGAGGAGAUGAUCUACGUGAACGUGGGCGACGCGAUAAUAUUGAACUGCCAAGCGGAGGGUACGCCGACGCCGGAGAUCCUCUGGUACAAGGACGCGAAUCCGGUCGAGCCGUCGACCACCAUCGGGAUAUUCAACGACGGCACCGAGCUCAGGAUCUCGACGAUCAAGAACGAGGACAUCGGGGAUUAUACGUGCAUCGCGCGAAACGGGGAGGGUCAAAUCAGUCAUACGGCCCGCGUUAUAAUCGCUGCACACGCUCCUACGGAAGAUCGCUUCGACAUCGACGAGAAUAUAAUGCAUCCUGUUAAGUCUUUUUGCCACAGAGUCGGAGCGAAAAGUCGUCCUAGGAAGAAGCCAGUCACUUCGCGUCGAUUCCGAAUUCUACGUUCUAACGUCACGGCUUUCCGAUUCGCAGGCGGAGCGGUGAUCACCGUGCCACCGAUGAACCAGACCAAGCUGGAAGGCGAGAAGGUACAGUUCUCCUGCGAGGCGAAAGCACUCCCUGGCAACGUGACCGUGCGUUGGUUCCGAGAGGGUUCACCGGUAACGGAAGUCUCGGCAUUGGACACCAGAGUAUCUAUCAAACCGGACGGUAGCCUCGUGAUCAACCCGGUCAGCGCCGACGACUCUGGCCAAUAUCUGUGCGAGGUGACGAACGGCAUCGGUGAUCCGCAAACCGCCAGCGCUUACCUCAACGUAGAAUAUCCGGCGAAGGUCACGUUCACUCCGACGGUGCAAUACCUGCCGUUUCGCCUGGCCGGUGUGGUUCAUUGUUACAUAAAAGCAAAUCCCACCCUUCAAUACGUGACAUGGACAAAGGACAAACGAUUGCUCGAGCCUUAUCAAACGAAGGAUAUCGUGGUGAUGAACAAUGGCUCCCUGCUCUUUACACGGGUGAACGAGAAUCAUCAAGGUCGAUACACCUGCACACCUUACAACGCGCAGGGCACGCAGGGAAGCUCCGGACCGAUGGAGGUGCUCGUGCGAAAUCCGCCGGUGUUCACCCUCGAGCCGGACCCCAUCUAUCAGAAGAAGGUUGGCGAAACGGUGGAGAUGCAUUGUGACGCUCAAGAAGCCGAGGGCACGCAGAAACCUACGAUACAAUGGCACAGGAGGGAUGGCGCGUCGAUCCAACGCAACCGGGCCAAGAUCGUCGGCGGCAAUUUGACGAUCGAGAGCCUGCGACGCUCGGACUUCGGCUUCUACCAGUGCGUCGCCUCGAACGAAGUGGCAACCAUAUCGGCAUCCACGCAGCUGAUCGUCGAAGGCACGCAACCGCACGCACCGUACAACGUAUCCGGCACCGCGACCGAAUUCUCGGUCACGUUGACUUGGUUGCCGGGAUAUUCAGGAGGGCCUGAUUACAAGCAAGAUUAUACCAUCUGGUACAGAGAAUCGGGCACGUCCGAAUGGAAGAUGAUUCCGGUAACUCCGUCCGGAAGCACCACCGUGACGAUCAACAACCUGACGCCAGGUACGAUGUACGAGUUCCAAGUGAUCGGGAAGAACGCUCUGGGCGAUGGAAUGCUGAGCAAACUUAUUACCAUCAGGACGCUUGGACCAAAGCCAGGUCCUCCCAAAAAUCUCACGGUGACGGAGGUCAGUAACGGCUUUCUGAUAUCCUGGGAAGCCCCCGUGGAACGUAAUCAUCUCAUUCAAUACUACACCAUCAAAUACAAAACGGACGGACCGUGGAAAACGCUCAACAAAGGGCAGAUCCGACCCGAGGAAACCAGCUAUUUGGUGAAGAAUCUGGUUGGUGGUAGGACCUAUUAUUUCCAAGUGUUCGCCAACUCGGCGACCAACUACGGCGCCAGCGAUCAGGUGAAGUUUCCGGUGCCGGCUCGAGUGAAGCACAAGGCGAUCACCGCGGGCGUCGUCGGUGGUAUACUUUUCUUCAUCGUCGCGAUCAUCCUUAGCAUAUGCGCGGUGAAGAUUUGCAAUAAGCGGAAAAGACGAAAACAGGAGAAAGAAGAGUUAUAAACGAAAACGUGGGCGUCUCUUGUCCUCCUCUCUCUCUCUGUGUUUUCUAUAGGUCGACAAAUCUAAACGCGUGCGGCGAGUCAGUCUCGACGCUGACCCGUUGCAGCCCGUUGAAUCCGCAACUACCACCACCACCACCACAACCUCUUCAUCAACCACCACUUCCUACGCAAGUAACCACCCCCGCCACUGCCACCUCGGAGCCGGUCCACGAGCAGGCCCCCCCGAACCGUGAUCGUGACCAUCACGCACUCCACCUCGAUAAUCGAGAUUACGAGAGCGUAUUUAUUAUAGAGAGGCGGAACAGUAAGCCUAACCUCCGCUAG